GUUUGAUUCCCAAUGCCAAAACGUUAUGCAACGACGAGUUCGGAGGUCAAGAACAGCAUCCACAUUAUCAUACCGAGUGAGAUAAAUUAACACAAGAUUAUAUGUAUUUGGUACACAAUGUCCAGGCUUCUACUAGGUAGUUUCUUGUUCACCAUAUGCUUCUAUCUCACGUGGUCUUCAGCUGUUCCACGUAUAGAUGAAGCGUACCACUGGAAAGUGUAUAAAGGGAAAAUACCUCACGAUGCCUAUAGGGUUGGUACGAACAACGCCGAAGACGCGAUUUACAUAGCCCAAGUGUUAUACAGGGAUCUACUGGUUCCAGGCGAAAUAGUAGCAGGAAGGCGAGAAGCGGUUUUUGAAUGGGGAAAUUCGCGACAUACAGCCGCUAAUAAUGUUAUGAUCUUAUGCUCGAAUAAUCCAACGCAGUUGAGGUGGGAAUCAACAUCCAGUUUUCUUUUUAAAUCAAACGGUAGAUACAUUGUUGGGGGAUCUGAAGGAGAUUCCGAUAUCUUUAUCGGGAGAGGAAUUCAUGAUGACGAAAGGAUUGUUGGAAAAGUUGUUGUCGAUCAUAAGAAUACGAUAUGGCUGCACGCCGUUCAUGAAAACCGAGUUGUUCGAUUAACCGAAUUUGAGGUUCUUUCAUUCGCACCGCCUGAAGAAACCGAAGUUACAGAAGUUAUCGAAAGCGUGGAAUAUUUGGAUAAUCUGCCAGAAAACGUGACCGAAAUAUCGUUUUCCAAACAAAAUGGGGAAUGCGAUGGGGGAAAUGUAGUUAUUAACUUUAAUUUUUGACCUUUAGGUACUUUGAUUUUUCUGUAUUAUCAGUUGGCGCUUGAUAACGUUUUUGUGUAAGAUACCAGUGAUGUCGCAAAAGAUCGACUACGUAUCGGUUUGAUUAAUUAAUAUUAACUAAGUAAUUGAUUCUUAUUCAUAAAUUUGAAAUUUUUACCUAAAUUCAAAGCAAGAAUAUUUAUAUAGGCAAAACUUGAUAGUAAAUAAUCAAAACUGUAUGAAAUAAAUACCUACACAAAUUAUAAAUAAAUAAAUAAACA